GCUAGAUGAUGUUGUUGAACAUUGAUUACCGAAACGUCAUGGCGUGUAUGUACGUCAUUUGAAUUUUUGCCGCAUAAGAUGAAGAGACACCACAGAGAGGAGUCGUCUUCUCGAACUAAGAAAUCCCGUGCUCCCAGUGUAUCGGACGAGGAUGAUAAUAAUGGAUAUGUCAGCUCCUCUAAAAAGCAUAAGAGCCCACCUCGAAAGGCACUACUGAGGCGCCCUUCGCGCGAAGAAAGGUCAUCAGACAAACGUGAUCAUGGCUCGAGGCAGACAUUCUUACUUCGUUCUAACCCGCCAACAAACUUUGUCAGCGGCAGUAGCAGCAGCCGUCCUUUUAACUCUAUCAGGUAAUUUGUAUGUGAUGUAUUGAGUUUACGUGGGUUAUUACGAAUGAUCACUCGUGUUGGUAAACUGAUCCUACUCUAUCCUGGAUUUCAGGCGUCAUUGUUCAUGCUUCUUGCUAACUAAUAAUUGUGUGGUCCACCCACUUGUCCAUCGUUAUCUAACUUACUUAUGGUACCACAAUUCCAAUAUCACCGUCCCAUCAUCAUGCAUAGUACAUUAGUUAUCUCACUUAUUAUUCGUUAUAAUUUUAUUUUCCUUGAACAUAUGAUAAGCUGAUAUGUUCAUGUUGAAUGGUCUUGGGACAUUUUCAUCUGGUGGCAGUUGCAGUCGUUUCAAACCACUGAAUAAUGAUAGUUCAUGUGUGAAGUGCCAAAAAUAUCAUUGCUCAAAUGGUUUCUGAUUCCUUCACUGUGAAGAAAAGCAACAAAUUGUACUGCACACAUUUGAUUCGUCAAGUUAAACAUUUUCUAAUUUCAUGCAGGUUUUCUGGUUCUAAACACUCACAAGAUAUUCGUUUUCGAUAUUGUAUCUAAUUUAUCGUUAACGCGAUUGUUGAUAAAAUGCGUCCGACAAACCAUAGGUCACAUUCUGUUCCUAAGAAUAAUGAAGUUUUGGUCGUGUAAACGCAUCUGUAAUCCUCAUGAAUCUAUCCAAUUUUCUUAAUGAGAUUCCACAUGCAGAAAAUCAUAUUAAUCAUGCAAACCUUUGUUCCUAUGAUGUCACACCUGAUAUGCAUGUUCUACUUUUAUCCGAAGUAUUCUGCAUCUUUGUGGGAAUCGGUUUUAGGCAAGUUUAUUCUUUCAUUUGAAAUUAUCACCGUCUAAUGUCCACCCGAUUGUUCAUCCGGUCUAGUUUACAAAUAAUUUUAUAAAUAGUCGCAGCUUAAGUGAUGAAUAAAUAAAAUGUAUUUCAGCAAAGUAAUAUUGUUAACAUGGUGUUGAAAAGAUAAGAUAAAAAUAUGUGCUGUGAAACGAUCCGAGGAAGUCCUGUAAGAAGGAUUCAGAUUUCAAGUUAAUACAUUUGGAGAAUGAUUUGGUUGACCAUUUCCAUGGUCACUCAAGUUCAAGAAAAUCAUAUGCACCGUCAAGCGGACGAAUCUCUAAUCAUUCAUCCAGGUCUUUAAUCAAUUCCUCCAGUCGAGUGAAUCCUAUGUUGGCUGCAAGUCUUGCAUCAUCGGGUAAAUUGCCGAAUCUCCCAAUACCUCCUGGUUCCAGUGGAGGUUCAGCUGCAACAGUUGCAGCCGUUGCCGCGGCCGCAAUGAAUGCUGCUGCAAUGGCUGCAGCCUUGGGUGCCGGAGGUGUAAUAUCGAGCAAACAGAUGUCACAUAUCACCAAGGCACUGGCAACUGCUACUCGGUCAAGUCGUGAUCGCCAUGGCUCAACAACUAGUAGACCUGUUCGUAACUCAAGUGAUAAAUAUGUAAGUGAUGAUUCUAGAAGCGGUCGCAGAGCCAAAGGUGAUAGUAGAGAAAAGGACAUGCUUAGCAUUUUCAACGCCCGUUAUUCUCGUCCAGUGGAACAUCGCAAUCCUGAGGAUGAUCCAAAUGCAACUAGAACAUUGUUUCUUGGGAACUUACCACCAGAUGUCGAAGAACCUGAACUGAGGAAGAUGUUUGAACGUUACGGCAUCAUUGAAGACAUCGAUAUUAAACGUCGUGAACUAGAAACUGGAGCAACUGCAUUCGCUUUUGUUAGGUAUCUAAGCUUAGAUAUGGCACAUCGUGCCAAAGUCAACUUAUCUGGUCAAAUGAUUGGUGAAUACAGAUUCAAAAUUGGUUAUGGAAAAGUUAUCCCUACACGAUGCUUAUGGAUUGGUGGAUUGGGUCCAUGGACGAACUACCCUGAAUUCGCAACUCUUGUCAACAGUAUUAGCUCACCUGAAAAAAUUAUAUGGCCGUCUGGUAAAAACUACGCUCAUAUUCUUUAUGCCAACAGUGAGUUAGCAGCAGUGGCAGCUGAUCUUUUGCGUGGAUAUCCCUUGGGAAAUAGUCACAGACGAAUUAGAGUAGACUUCACUGACGAGUCACAUAUGUUUAAAGAUCCUAACUGGAAACGUUUGAAGAGAAAUUCGUCCACAGAAUCUAAUUCUAGACAUUACUCUUCAAGGCGAUCACCAACGCCUCGAACUAAACGUGAAGCAUCUCAUUCAGAUGUCUAUUCUCGAGAGAAUAACCAUUACUCGAAAUACAAACGUGAUCGAAGAACGUACGAUGAUAGCGAUCGCAGCCAUUCUGUUUCGUCAAAUCGUAAGAGAGAAUCUGUUCAUAAAUCUCGGAGAGCUACGCAGGCUACACAUGAACGAGCAUCUAGGCGUAGUUACCGUGACCAUUCACUAAGCCAAGGAGAUGACUCAUCUCGUUGUGUUUCACGUUCUCCUACAUCGUCGAGAUCCCGAAGAUGUUCCUCAACCCCUUCUACACCACCAACGUUGGAGACAUCUAAAAAUAUAGGACAAUUGGCUUCUUGCCUACCAAAAGCUUGGGAUGGAGCCUUCUAUCUAAAGUCAAGCAGCUUUCAGUGCCGUAUGCAUGUUUUGAGAGGUGAUAAAAACCUAGUUGAUCAGUUUAUGUAUCGUGGGCUUAAUUCAGAAGCAUGUGUAGAUUCAAAUGGAAAUCGACGUAAUACUAAAAAGUCGAAUAAAAAUAAGCAUGGAUCACUAGAUGAUAUUGACUCCAGUGAGUCGCAAGAUGAUGCACAUGAUGGUGUUGGAAGUGAUGGUACGAGCAAAGACAAGGUUGUUUGUUUACGAAUUACCCAAAGAAUGAGACUUGAUCCUGUAAAACUGGAUGACGUGAACCAGCGUGUUAAAACAGUUGGUCCUAAUGGCUUUUGUGCACUUUUGGCUGUACCCACACAUUCUGUUUCGUGCAACGAACUUGGAGACAACGAUAAACAACCUCAAAGACCCCUUCGGAAUUUGGUUGCAUAUCUACGAACAAAGGAUUCUGCAGGAGUGGUGCUUUUAAAUCCUGCUGGUCAUAAUCAAAACGAUACAGCAUCUCCUUCAACUACCGAAGCUACAUGUACAUCCGGAGUGCUGUAUGCAUUUCCACCUUGCGACUUUUCUCUCAGGCUUUUGCGUGAAAGUGCUCCGCAGUUAGAGAAAGAUUAUUGCAAAGAUGAUCACUUAGUUAUACUACUUAUUCGUGGGACAGGCGUAGUGUAAAUUAUGUGUAAAAGUUAUUGCAUGAUUCAUGUUAGACCUCCAACAAACUUGUUUGGUGUUGGGACAGCGUAUUGUGUUAAUGCACCACUAUGAUAUUGUUUUUUGCUGUGUAAGAAGACUACCAUUUACUUUUAGUGUUAAAUUUCAGCAUAUUACUUCAUGUUCUUUAAGAAAGCAUUUAUAAAAAGCUUGCUUUUUCUAUUUCAUUUUGGAAGGAGCUGAAUAAAAUUUCUAGUUCGAAAUUAAUAUUAUAUUCUGCAUAUUGUGUUUACAAAAAA